CCGAUUUUGAACAGUCUUUCAAGAAGGCUUCUGCUGCGAUAACGAAGGGAGAAGAGGCAGGAUCUGAAGCUGAGACUAAGCAGAAGGAAGCACCAACAGUGGUCUAGGUUGAACAUAUGAACAUACCUUUUGAGUACGAUAUAAAUAUACCCCUUAUCUGAAUUAUAAAAAAGUCCUUCUUUUUAGUAAGAAGAGAAGUUGAAUGUAUCAUUGGAGAUAUGAUAUUGCUGUGAUCUGACGUUGACAAGUCACUUGUUCAUAUAAAUGUAAGAGUAAAGAAUCAAAUGAACAAGAAUGAACAUUUGAAAAGCAACACUUCAACCUGAUUUAUUUAUUAACAUAUUUAUAAGAGAAGCGAGUAGUAGUUUCCUAACCUAGGUAUCUCGGAUUUGAUAAAUGGAGACCCCUUCCCUAAACUAACACCAUGUAUGUAUAAGCCGGGGCUAUACCUUCCCAUAUGUAUUCCGUAUAGCUAACGCCAAGAUCCUUCCCCAACGACGUGCCCCCACAUAUUAUAGAUACCUAGGUUGGUACCUACCUAGGUACGUACCCCAUACUUCACACAUCCAUACCUUAGGUACAUAUCAUCAUAGCCUUCGAAAUUCCACAGCUUCAAGACCAACUACAUACCUAAACCAACCUCUAGAUCAACUCCCGACCACCAACUCUCUCCCACCAAGCCACCCAAAAACAAACACCACCAUAAAACUCGAUAAACCAGCCGCAACAAAAAAAAAAUGCAAAUAUCCCUCUCAACCGCCCUCCUCGGCGCCCUCGCCCUCCUCGCCGACCCCUCCGCCGCCUCCUCCAAACCUCAACACCAGCACCAACCUCAAACGACCCUCACCCUCUGGGUCCCGUCCUCGCAGCCCCUCCCCAACCCGCACACCCUCCCGUCCACCACCCACGCAACCCUGUCCGCCCUGCGCGCCGCCUACGACGCCCCCCUCACCGCCGCCGGCUCCUUCGUCUUCCGCAACGUGACCCCCGGCUCGUACCUGGCCGACGUGCACAGCGCGACGCACGCCUUCGCGCCGCUGCGCAUCGACGUGCUGGCGCGCGCGCCUGCGGACGACGAGGGGGAGGCCGGAGGGGGGUUGGUGGUGCGCGCUUGGGAGACGUACCGCGGCAACGACUGGGACAACAAGGGCCAGGAGGUGCCGCGGAGCGGCGGCGGGUUCGCGGUGAGGGCGCUGGGGCCGAGGGAGUAUUUUGUCGAGAGGGGGUCUUUCUCCAUCCUCAGCAUCCUCAAGAACCCCAUGAUCCUCAUGGGCCUCGUCAGCAUGGUCCUAUUCAUCGGCAUGCCCAAGCUAAUCGAGAACAUGGACCCCGAAACGCGCGCCGAGUGGGAAGAGCAGCAGAAGAGCAACCCGAUGAGCAGCCUAAUGGGCGGCGGCGCCCAGCCCGGCGCCAACCCCAUGGGCAACUUCGACAUGGCCGCGUACCUCGCCGGCCAGGGCGCCAAGAAGGACGAUGCCGAGCCGGCGUCGUCUAAAGGUGGGAAGAGGUAGAUCGUGUACAAAGACAUAGGUGCGAAGAAUAUGGGUAUAAUACAAACAUGCAGAAAUACUUAACCUAGACACUUGGAAAAUAGUAGAGGGUAGUGAUGAUGCCUAUUUUAAAGACGACACGGCUCUGCUUUCGAAUUCGUUCAGUUGUAGGGAUUAAAUUGUCAUCGCAUUGCUAUACUUAAGCACCUAGAACGAGCGUUCUUUCUGCGCUAAUGCCGCAAGACCUAUGAUAUGUACCAGACCUAAGCAUCGAGUCGAUCUCGAUUUCAAGUUCUCUCCCGAUCUCUCCCUUUCUCGAUAUUGUGGUUACUCUUAU